GGGCGGGCGCCGGGCGCUGGAGCCGGGGUUCCGGCCGCGAUCGGCUGCAGCUCGGCCGGGAGACGGCGCGACCCGGCGGCGGGGCCUCCCGCGAGUCCAGCGCCGCCGCAGCCCCCCAAUGUGGCCGCGAGAAGCAGCGGGGGGGCAGGCGAUCGAAGCCACUCGAAGCACCAUCUCCUAGAAGACCAGUGUUUUAGUGCUUAUGGAGGCCCCUCUGUCCUUUCUGUGACGGGAGCGAUGCUGACCUCAUUUCCUGGACCCAUUUCGACUCAGUGUUCACGAUUGGAGCUGAUUUGUUUCCUGGGCCCUUGGCCACUGACUCUCGAGGCCGCGUGCACCGUGCUUCUCAGGGCCUGUAAGAAGAAAUAGCGGAAUUCCGAGGCCUCUCAUCGUAAUGAGGGGCAGGGCUGAGGAUGCUUCUUGAAAUGGGAGCCUUCACGUAGAUGGGUCCAGUCAUGCCUCCCAGUAAGAAGCCGGAAAGCUCAGGAAUUAGUGUUUCCAGUGGACUGAGUCAGUGUUACCGGGGCAGCAGUUUCUCCAAGGCUCUUCAGGAAGACGAUGACCUUGACUUUUCUCUGCCCGACAUCAGAUUAGAAGAGGGGGCCAUGGAAGAUGAAGAGCUGACCAACCUGAACUGGCUGCAUGAGAGUAAGAACUUGCUGAAGAGCUUUGGCGAGUCGGUGCUCAGGAGCGUCAGCCCCGUGCAGGACCUGGACGAUGACACCCCCCCGUCGCCUGCCCACUCGGACAUGCCCUACGAUGCCAGGCAGAACCCCAACUGCAAGCCCCCCUACUCUUUCAGCUGCCUCAUAUUUAUGGCCAUCGAGGACUCCCCAACGAAGCGCCUGCCCGUAAAGGAUAUCUACAACUGGAUCUUAGAACAUUUUCCGUAUUUUGCAAAUGCUCCUACUGGGUGGAAAAACUCAGUGAGACAUAAUUUGUCAUUGAAUAAGUGUUUUAAGAAAGUGGACAAAGAGAGGAGUCAGAGUAUUGGGAAAGGGUCGUUGUGGUGCAUAGACCCAGAGUAUAGACAAAAUCUAAUUCAGGCUUUGAAAAAGACACCUUAUCACCCGUACUCCCAUGUGUUCAACACACCUCCCACGUCUCCUCAGGCAUAUCAAAGCACAUCAGGUCCACCUAUCUGGCCAGGCAGUACCUUCUUCAAGAGAAACGGAGCCCUUCUGCAAGAUCCUGACAUUGAUGCUGCCACUGCCAUGAUGCUUUUGAAUACUCCCCCUGAGAUACAAGCAGGUUACCCAGGGGAUGCAGCAUCACAUUCUCAGGGAGAGCUGGUCCUCUGCCGGAGGCUGCCUUUACCUGCUCUUAAAGUUCCUCCAGGAGUGAUACAGAACGGAGCCCGGGUUCUGAGCCGAGGGAUGUUUCCCGGUGUCCGGCCAUUGCCAAUCACUCCCAUUGGAAUGACGGCAGCCAUGAGGAACGGCCUCUCGGGCUGCCGCGCGCGGACGGAGAGCGAGCCCCCGUGCGGCUCCCCGGUGGUCAGCGGCGACCCCAAGGAGGACCACAACUACAGCAGUGCCAAGGCCGCCGCCGCCCGCAGCGCCUCCCCUGCCAGCGACUCGGUCUCCUCCGCCUCCUCCUCCUCGGCCGACGACCACUACGAGUUCGCCGCCAAGGGGGGCGCGGAGGGCAGCGAGGGCAGCGAGGGCAGCUUCCAGAGCCACGAGAGCGAGCCGGAGGAGGACCGGAAGCGCGGCCAGCGAGAGGCCAAGGAUGCGCUGGGCGACAGCGGGUACGCGUCCCAGCACAAGAAGCGGCAGCACUUGGCCAAGGCCAGGAAGGUGCCCAGCGACACGCUGCCGCUCAAAAAGAGACGCACGGAGAAGCCGCCCGAGAGCGACGACGAGGAGAUGAAGGAGGCGGCCGGGUCCCUGCUGCACUUAGCGGGGAUUCGGUCCUGUUUGAACAACAUCACCAAUCGGACGGCAAAGGGGCAGAAAGAGCAAAAGGAAACCACGAAAAAUUAAAAACAAGUCACCGAUUUGUUUUGAACUUAUGGCCAUUUGGUUUCAGCAUGUCAGGAGAUUUCUAAUGAUUUGUGGCAAUAUCAGCAAUUAUUUUUCCUUUUUUGGUUUGGUUUUCUUUCUUUUCUUUUCUUUUUUCUUUUUUUUUUUAAGUUGGUCCCCUCCCUUGUUUCAGACCCUUAAGAAUUUUAUUUUUAAAGGAGAUUGAAGCCAUAGAACUCAUAUUGACACUCAGCUGUUUUACAAAAGCUUUUCAUUAUCUGAAGACAUAACCGAAAAAGCCAAAAUUACCAUUGCUUCUUCCUCCAGCUUGUCAGAAACACGUGGCCAAAUCCAUAGGGAUGUCGAUGUCAUGGCCACGGGAGCACACGUGCGGCUCCUAGAAGGCACUGGCACCAGCAGGCAUCGUCAGGCGCAGCCCUUCGUCAGGGUGGGCGUCCAGUCAGGUUCACUGAGGGCCUGUGGAUAAAGUGGGGAGGAUGACGCCCCUCGCCCCCCAGGAGCAGACCCAGGUGUGGCACUGCCAUCGAAUCAGGCCAGAAGAGCCUUUGGCCUGGUCACGCAGCGCACACAGCGGGGCGGGGAGGUCCUCCUCGUCACAAAGUCCGGUGGCAUCUCAGAGGUGGGCACUGGACUGUUUUGUACAUCAGGUGUCAGUAGAAUCAUGAGAGGGAACAGGGUCAGUGCUUAGAGCUGUUGCUAAUUAUUGAAUUCUGUUCUGUAUUAAAUUAAGAAAAUGUUUCUAAAGCCAUAAGCCUAGAGGCUGGCCCUGCACGCACAUGCACACACACAUGUACUAGAGAGAGAGAAGGGAAAAAACUGAUGCAGAACAGUCUUCUUUCCUGCCCAAGUGAAAGACAGUCAAGACCAGGAAAUUACAAUAGCUGUUAAGGAAGGAAAGAAUGGUAGAGAUCUUUUUCUGUUUAUCAAAAAUAUUUGAUCCAAGUGGAAAAAAAAAAAAAGCUACAGAACCUGCCAUUAGUAUUAUGGUGUAUUUUUAAAAGAUGAAAGGCACAUUGAUGAACAACAAAAAAAAAAUGGCAAAAAAAAAGAAAGAAAGAAAAAAAGAAAAAAACAACAACUCCUAACUCCUAUACUGCCCUCAAAAUGGAGUUUGCAAUUAUUGUCAGUCAGGAUUCAUCUUUGCGAAAAUCAGUGAUUUCCACAUUCAGCCAGUGUAGCCAGCAGAAAUUUCUGAUCCACAAUGCAUGGAUUCCUUUGAAAAAGAAAAAAGAAAAAAAAAAUCACAAAAACACAAACUUUUUUUUAUUCAAAAAUAACAAAGUUCUUGUAAGGUAAAUAAUGUAUUUAGCAUGAAGCAUGAAUUAUUUUCAUAUAAAUAUAGAAAAUAGAGAAAAGGCUAUGCCUCUAAUUUUUAAGCCCUUAGGCUUAGAGGUUCUUUUGGUUUUCUACUUUUUUUCCUUUUAUUUUUUUCUUUUUCUUUUAUUUUUUUUUAAUUUUUUUUUUUUUAAUUUUUUUUUUGUUUGCUUUCCUGUUAUUUUGUUUUGGUUUUUUGAAGCAGGUGUUUAAGGUUUAACCUUCUUCAGGGACAAAUUCUGACUGUUGGGGAACUUACUCUGCAAUAUAAAAAUAUCUUCUUGCUCUGGUAGGGCUUGGAUGGUUGAACUCUGUACUGCCUUGUCUGCACUUCAGCCCCCGACCCCUCUGAUUCUCUGUUUUUAAAAGUGUGUCCUUUCUCUUUGUCUGUACGUGUUUUAACAUGACGCAAUAAUUUGAGGGCAAACUUAGUAGUGAGUGUGUAUGACAGAAUCAAGAGAAUGAUGGGAUGCCUACUUGAGAAAAUCAUUCUAUGAUUUGGUUCUAGGAAAAAGGCAGUGAAUAAUUAUGCAAAUUUGCCAGGAGAAGGGGAAACAUGCUAAUGGGCCUUAUUGGAUGAGGGUACGAGAUAGGGUGCACGUGAAAGGAGGAAGCGAAGCAGGUGUUGGAAAGGCCGGCCCCUCGUUUUACUGCGAUCGCAGCCGCCAUGCAGGAGGAAAGAGGGGCUGGCCAUCUCUGCCACCUCAACACACUAAGGAACCUGGAAUUAAGACCAUCUAGAUCGUGAGAGCUGAAUUUAGACAACCGGACAAUGCCAUGCAGACCAGAAACUCCUGUUAUCUUUGCCUAAAAAAAAAAAAAAAAAAAAAAAAAAUUUUUUUUUUUUUUUUGGAGAUCCAAAGGGAAAUCUCUAAAACAAUAUGAUGUUUCAGCGAAAUAGAGGGAAAUUUUAAACCACAAACAAAAACACCACCACUGUGGCUCAGGAUAUGAUAAUGGGGAGAAGAAGGGAACUGGGGAGAUUUUUUUCUUUUUAAAAACAGGUCAGCUGUGGGCCAAAACCCAGCCCUUGUGGCAGCACCAGGUACUGUUAGACGCUCCAUCUGUCUGAACAGUGAGCACUAACUGAUGCAGGCCCCACACCUAUCUGUUCUCUGGGGGUGCUGAUAAGAGAACCUAACAAUCUGCAUGUAUACAACAGGUUGAAUUCGUUACCUGAACCUGAAUACGCUCAGCAUAUUUGUUCAAGGUGUAGAUGAGGGGCAAGAUGUAUUUUUAAACUGCUCUGUUCCCUCCGUCUCCCUCAGCCUCUGACACUCCCAGAACAAUCCACGGCCAAGGAACUUGAGUGACACUUUGAUUCGUGUUGUCCCCUGAUCACACCUGAGGCCCCCGCCCUCACCUCAUUCCUCACCCAACCCUACCAAGAUGAUAAAAUUCCAACUUCCCUUCUGAAAGGCAAAGAUAAAUAUUCAGGGCUGUUUCUGACAGGAGACUUCUUCCAAUUAAAACCCCCACAGUGGGCUGUCUCCCCUCAUUUCUUUUUUCUAAAGGGGUAAAGGCCUCUUUUAGAAAAUAAUAAAAUGCAAUGUGUGUGAUUUACUUUUCUGAUCUCUCUGAGAACUAGAUAAAUAUCUUAUAAAAGUGUGUUCUUAACUCCAGAACCACUCUUUUUUGCAUAAAUACCUCAUGGGGCAGCUUUCUAAGUGUUCUGUUCCCAAGUCUCCCCGGGCACCCUGGUCGGAUCUGCUUGGAAGACUUGUUGGGGAAACUUUAGUGAGGGUACUUUUUUCUAUUUUUCUUCUGUUUUUGGAGGCAUACACAUUAUGGAUAACCAAAACAAUGGCUCAAUUUGUGUUUAACUUUGUAUUUUGAUUGUUGAAAGAAAAAGUAUCCGUGUGUAUGUGGCCGUUCGUAGUGGGUCCUUGCGGAAUGAGGUUGUCUUUGUCCUUAACAAGCCAAGGGGCAGGAGGCACCCUCUCUCACCGCCUCCUCCAAGAGCAGUAGAGAAUUUAAGCACAAGCCUAUUUGUGAAAGAAUAUUUUCCUUAAGUGUAAUUCACUUUAGUCUUGGAAUUCCCUCCCAGGUGUUCUUUAAGCUUCCAAACUAGCAUAUGUAUCCAUUAGUCUGACAGAUCGCCUGAGCACCGCAAAGAGGUGUGAUUUUUUGCUUUCGUUUCUCCUGUCGGGAGAAGUGGCAUUUCAUGUGUCAUUCCAGUAUCUCACAUACUCACACGGGGCGGGGGGUGGGGGAAACGGGGAACUCUAGCAAUAUUUAAAGAUGCUUUGGUAAAACAACCGUGAACACAUCAGCGCCGUGACAUCUACAACCACUUGCUAUUGACCCUUGGACACAUUUAAGAGAAAGAGACUAUACAUCUUUUUUUUAAAUGGUAUACACAUAGACAGUUAUUUUUAUCCUAUUACAAUUGUCUUUUCUCUUAAUCUAGUACUAUGUGGAAAGGGUUUGCAUCAGAGAUUUUUCCCAGCCUUAUAAUAUAAUCUCCUAUUUCCCUUGCCCCUCUCUAAUCAAUGUACUUUGCAAGAGUUCUUUGGUAAAGUUGUCUGUCUGAAACUAGAAUGGAACAAGCCCACAUUUAGAUGGCGGCUUAAGAAGACUGUGGGCAAGACAUCUGGGGCAGGUUUCCAUCUUGGGGGUGAAUGUUUAAGAAGGGAUGUGUUGGGGGCCUUUCCCAAAAACUGAUUUCUCCUUAUAGCGGCUCUCAGGGUGGGCACUGCAGUUCUUGCCACGGGGCAUUCUGGAAGAGGGCAUUGUGCUGACAGUGUGUGGGGGGGUGGUGGCUGGAGCACGAAAGCUGUCCAAGAUGGCCAUUGUACCCAACUCAGAACCCCGUGGCCCAGUGGGGCUGCUCAGUGUCCAGCAGUGCCCACAAGUGCCAGAAAGCCUGAGUUUCUGACACUCGGCACUUGUGUGUGGGCCUUGAGCCUCUCACGGAAUCAGAGCAAUGUAAAAGGGAGGGUCUUUCCAUCCAGGAUGGGGUUAAAUUCAAAGUGAUUUCUUUUUCCCUUUAAACUUUAUUCAGGUUGGGACUGGUUUCUUUCUGGCAGAUCACAGCAGCCGAGGUGUUGCGAUUUAUUUUUACAUUUCCAUAGAGAGGUAUUUUUCUUUCAUCUUCAAGGUUUUUUGCCACCAAAAGAAAACAUUUGAUCUCCGUGUCCCCUCUUGAUCGUGACUUGCCAGUGUUGACAGUCGAGUCCUUGCUCAGUGUUGUGGGUCCCAGCCCUCCAAUACUAUAUCAAACACUGUUAUGCACAUAAUGCAGCACUGUGAUCUAAUUUAAAUAAUACUUUUUUAUUAUUUAUACUACUAUAUAUAAUAUACAUCAACACUUUUGCUAUAUAACCGAAGUGAUAACCCUCUUUUAGUUACCUGCCAAACUCUGGACUUUGGUUUAUAUUGCAGUUAACAGUUACAAAGUUGUAAUGGUGUCUUUUUUUCUUUGUAACGGAAUGUGUAAAUCAAACUAUAUACAUUGUGUGGUGUUCCUGCUUCUGAGUUUCAUGAGGAUUUACACAUCGGCACCCAGUAUUCUGUAUAAAACUGCCUCCCCUUGUGAAUCAGCUGUUAACCCCUCUUCAUUUGAGAGAGCGCCACCAAGGGUGGUGAGCUCCUUUGUGUUCUCUCUCUCUCUCUUUCUCUCUCAACUGGUUAUUCUUGAAUUAAGCACAGAUUCAUCAGCUCGGUUCCUUUAUCAUGAAUAAAGUAUGUGACCUUGCAAUUCUUCCAUGGUUCAGCAAACAAGUGCUAGCUUCACUGACCAAAAACUAAGGAAGGAAAAUACAGUUUUCAAAGCGAUCAUCUUUUAAUGGCCGAAUCCGAUGUGUCUAUGGUGCUGCAUCUUGCUGUUGUACAUUUGAAAUCAGACAUAUGUGAAAGCUCCCUUCUGACCUGCUGUAGUAUGCUCACAAGUACCCUUCCUGUUUGUUUCGUUAGCGUUGAAGUCAAGACUAUUUAUUUGGAAUAUUUACAACAGUGUAUUCCACUGUACUUCAAUUGCAAAAGCUGGGAAUAGCGUUCUCUUCCUUUUGCAAACAAUGGCUAUUCCAUAUUGGAUUCUCAAAGACUUCGAUGUGGUGAACCUAUCAAACCUAGAAAUUGUAUUUCAUCCUUUCAUGACUGUGGCCUGAGUUCCCCAACCCUAUUGUUUUUUAGAUGAAACCUAGCACACGUUCAGUUAUUUAAGCAUUAAACACUUCCUGAGUAAUGUCUGUUGAAGCCAUCUAAACUCAUAGCAGAUUCAGUAACCAGUUUCAUGCUGUAUCAUUCACACUCACUACUUCUACUGCCAUGGUGAAAAUGUGGAGGAAAAUAAAAGUAUCCAUAUGUGUCUGGGAAGCAUUAUACACUUGUACAUUUUUUAUACUCUGAUUCUGUAACAUUUCUUGAGUUUUGUUUUUGUUUUACAGAAGAAAAAAACAAUAUAGUGAUAAAGCAAUCGGAAGACCAAGAGGUUUCUCGAUGCUUGCUGUCGCCUGGCCUGUGCUGGCCGGUAGAUCUACAUGGCCAAAUUGAUUUCCUAGAGUAAUAAUUUUCCAAAAGCCAAUUUUUUUCCCUGUAUUUUCUGUAUAAAACUGCCAAUAUCAUGAAUAGAAAGGGAGAACCAUAAAGGAGAAGGCAAUCGGUGUCCAGUUGCGUUUGCGUUACCUAUGGAAGCAGUGUGGGGGCAGGCGCGGUCGGCCGAACUUUAUAGGGACUCGAGGGUGUUGCUUUGGAGGCUCAUACUUGCAUUCUGCAUCCUUCAUAUGUAAUCAUAUUGCCAAAGACAAACUAUUUCAUCAUUUAUUGUAAAUAACACUUUUCCCCCAGACCUACCAUAAAGUUUCUGUGAUGUAUUGUCUUCCAGUUGCAAUAAAAAUCACUGAGUUGCAUCAAUUGAAGAAAAAAACCCACGUGGUGUUGCGUGUACUGCGUCUCCAUAUGCAAACUCUGAGCAGUAAAAUCAUUUAUAUUUCUUAC